AUGGUUACUCCAGACGAAGAACCUCCAAAGGGCCGUACUAUCCGUACGCCCCCUUUGCUCUUCUCUCACAUGCAGGGAGAGACGACUGCUGCCAAUCACACGCCUUUCCAACACGGCGUCCUCUCGCUCCCACGAUCAACUCCAGGACCUGGCCAUCGCCUUUUGAUCGGAGGGAACCGAGCAACGUACGACUAG